UGUGUAUGAACCUUACGUCAAGUUGUUGCAUUUUCGUUACAGAUAGUGGAAUAACUAGAAGUAUUAAUGUUUGCAUAUCUUCCUAAGGCUACAAGAUUAUCACAUAACGUGUCUUCAUGUUACAGCCGCUGUGUGUAUGGGGUUCCGUUCCAGAUGUAUCCGACACCCCUAUAUUCUCAUGCGGGACGAGGUCCCUUCAUCGACGUCUACGAGCCAGCAGAGGAUUCAUUUCUGCUCAUUGAUGCUUUGGAGCAAGACGCUGAGAAGCUGAAACAGAUGAGCCCCACUGUUUGUCUGGAGGUAGGCAGCGGCUCUGGGGUGGUGUCUGCCUUCCUGGCAUCGGUAGUUGGACCUGCGUCUCUAUACAUUUGUACUGAUGUGAACCCUGCAGCAGCCCAGUGCACCAUGGAAACCUCCCGCUGUAACAAAGUCUGUCUACAACCUGUAAUCACUGAUUUGGUGGACACUCUCUUGCCAAGGCUGAGUGGAAAAGUUGACGUUCUAUUGUUCAACCCUCCCUAUGUAGUUACCCCCCCUGAGGAGGUUGGCAGCCGAGGCAUUGAGGCUGCCUGGGCUGGUGGUGACCGGGGCAGGGAGGUCAUGGACAGGGUUUUCCCCCUCGUUCCUCAGCUUCUAUCUAAAAAGGGUCUAUUUUACCUCGUCAAUGUGGCAGAGAAUAACCCAGAGGAAAUCAUCAGUGUGCUGGCAGAGGCUGGCCUGCAGGGGGCGUCCUGUCUGUCUAGAAGAGCUGGGAGAGAGAGCCUCUCUGUGCUACGCUUCCAUACGUGACCAUGGCCUUGGGCUCCACACCCCACUCCUUCAAACCGAGCCGCAACAGGAUAAGUGUGGCGGGCUGGACCACUGAAUGUUGUGUUCAGAAUUUAGAAGUCUGUCAAUGUGGCCGUGACUCCCAAGGUUAUCUUGCACUCCCAAGGUUA